GAUUAAUAAUUUACUUUGAAAGGUAGGAAUUUGACUUAUCUGUUACGGUUUUCCACAACCCCGUUGUUUUAAUGGUGAAAUUUGUCUUGCUCUAUUACAGUCAAUAAUUAUAGCCUGCGCGACGAUGGUGCUGGGUUCUGGCCACCCUCCUUCCAACAGCCAUCAGACAGCCUACAAGCAUUUCUACUGUGACGCAACAACCACUCCUGCCUGCGCCGCCAACACCUCCCUUUCCUACUGCUUGGUAGACCCGGAGUACCCAGAGUACCUCAAGGGCGUCAUUACUGCUGACCAUCUCUUCGCCAAGAAGUACGCUGAUGUUGCCGACCAGUCGGCUGAUGACCUGGUUGAAUAUGUGACCAAGAAGCAGGAAGAAGGCUUUGACUACUCCUAUUACACUGGUGCCUCCACUGGUAAGUCUCCCUAUGAUAUCACCCACUGGGCUGGUCCCCAGGGUUACAUCUGUCCUUCUCACGUGGCCUAUGCCAGGCCCAGGCGUGCCCAGAAUGUGGAGGGCCAGUGGCGUGUUAUUGUGAACGAUGUUCACUACUACACCCAGACGGCCCGCCUGGAGACCUGCUUGUACCCUAAUGCUGCCUGCCGUGCUCUUUCUCCCUGCUACAAGAGUAGCUGUGUCCAGAAAUAUGCCUACCACCGCCUCCUCUCCUUUGACCCCUGCGAUCACUACAAGGGUCUCUUCAUCGACAUCUACAAGCUGCCAUCCGCCUGCUCCUGCCAUAUCCCCGCCUAAUACUUUACCAUCACUCGUAUUUUCACUUGACUCCACAUAAGCCUCUCGUAUCUUUCUUGAGUAGCCUAAUUUUUAGAACACUUAUUAACCCAAAUGUUAAUUUGUCUCCUUUUUUUAACUUGAUUCCCACUCUUGUAGUCCAUAUCUCUCCUCAUCCUCCAUCACUGCACCAGACUAGAUAAUUAGUCAACUCUUUCUUGUUAAUAAUUAGACGUCUGGGACACCCAUAAUUCAAGAGCUUCCCCGGGGCUCAUAUGAGACCGAGACCACGAGAACUACUUUCUUUACAUACCACCACAACACUGUAAGUCACAGUGACUACUGACAACUUCUGCUU